GAUCUAUGGCAGUCCGGCAGAGCCCUGUGAGCAAGCCACGCUGCGGGUCUGAGCCGACGCUGCGAGACCACGCCGUCGGACCGCGGCCAGCCUGGCCACAGCUCGUACACGAGCCGCGCGUACGGUAGAGCAGCCCGGAGGACGCCGGAUCCCCCGACCGGAGGAAUGUGCCGUCUCGCCGCCACGGUCCAGUAAAGUAGCACCGAGGGGGGUCACCUCAGACGGCGAAGGCUCCGCCGCGAAGUUUACGCUCUGAAUCGUGCAGUUGCUCGCGGUCGCGGAGGUUUUUUUCACUUGAAUGAAUGACGCCGCUGCCGCCGCGGAACAGGUUUCGUGGGCAGAUAUAUUCACGGACUUGGCAGAAGAAGUGACUGUAGAAUAAUCCAAGCAUCCCCACAAAGGGAGACCUUGCCCUGCUAGAGCAUUUGGAAAACAUUUGUUUGUUUAUUUGUUUGUUUGUUUGUUUUAUUUUUUCUGGACGUGAGUCUAGCGCAUCAGUUAAAACCCAGAAGGCAGCAGCCGCGCUGGGGGGAACGGGAUUACCGGGAGAUCCAGUUUCAAUGAAGAGAAACAUGUGAAGACCCUUGUGAAGCUUUGACCUGUGAGUUAGCCUUAAACUACAAAAAGGCGAAGGUCUUUUCCCUUCUUCCCCUCAACCAUUCUCUCUGCUUCCUCUGCACUUUCCUUGCAGGCCCGUUAAACAUGGAGGGCCAGCAGGCUACACGCAGGACUUUAUCACCUACCCCUAAAGUGAGGGCUGUAGCUACUCUGCUAGGCUUCUUGCUCUUAGUGACCCCUGCAUUGUGCAGUGGGCAGACAUUCACUAGUUUCCACCCUGAACACCGGGACUGGGUCUUCAACCACCUGACUGUUCACCAAACCACAGGGGCAUUGUAUAUUGGAGCAGUCAACCGUGUGUACAAGCUCUCAGGCAACCUGACCCUCCUUGUUUCCCAUGAUACAGGCCCAGAGGAUGACAACAAGGCCUGCUACCCCCCUCUGAUUGUCCAGCCCUGUUCUGAGCCCCUUGUCUCUACCAACAAUGUCAACAAGCUUCUCCUCAUUGAUUAUUCCCAAAAUCGGCUGCUGGCCUGUGGCAGCCUUUACCAGGGUGUCUGCAAACUCCUCAGAUUGGAUGACCUCUUUAUCUUAGUGGAGCCCUCCCAUAAGAAAGAGCACUACCUCUCUAGUGUCAACCAGACUGGGACCAUGUAUGGGGUCAUUGUGCCAUCACAGGGCCAGGAUGGCACCCUGUUUAUCGGCACAGCAGUAGAUGGAAAACAGGACUACUUUCCUACCAUUUCCAGUCGAAAGCUGCCACGUGACCCAGAAUCAUCUGCAAUGCUUGACUAUGAAUUGCACACUGACUUUGUGUCCUCCCUCAUCAAGAUACCAUCAGACACACUGGCACUGGUCUCCCACUUUGAUAUUUACUAUGUUUAUGGCUUUGCCAGUGGCAGCUUUGUUUACUUCCUGACUGUCCAGCCUGAGACUCCAGAGAACAGCAUGUCAUCAAGUGGAUCCACCAGCGACCUCUUCUACACCUCUCGCAUCGUCCGCCUCUGCAAAGAUGACCGCAAGUUUCACUCCUACGUCUCUCUCCCUGUUGGCUGCGUGAAAAACGGCGUCGAGUACCGGCUACUGCAAGCCGCCUACCUCGGCAGGCCAGGCCGCGUUCUUGCUGCCUCGCUCAACAUCAGCGCCCAAGACGAUGUGCUCUUCACCAUCUUCUCUAAGGGCCAGAAGCAGUUCCACCGCCCGCCAGAUGACUCAGCGCUCUGCGUCUUCACCAUCCGAGAUAUCAAUGCACGAAUCAAGGAGCGCCUGCAGUCCUGCUACCAGGGAGAAGGAAACCUGGAGCUCAACUGGCUGCUUGGGAAGGAUGUGCAGUGCACCAAAGCUCCCGUGCCCAUUGAUGACUCUUUCUGUGGUUUGGACAUCAACCAGCCACUCGGAGGUUCUCAGCUGGUGACCGGUCACACUCUCUACACUGAGACUCGGGACCGCAUGACUUCCGUCACCUCCUAUGUCUACAAUGGCUACUGUGUAGCCUUUGUGGGCACCAAGAGUGGACGGCUAAAGAAGAUUCGUGUCGACGGGCCUCCUUACGGUGGUGUCCAGUAUGAGACAAUAUCGGUCAUUAAGGACGGCAGCCCUAUCCUACGAGAUAUGGCCUUUUCACUUGACCGAAACUACCUCUACGUCAUGUCCGAGAGACAGGUUACCCAAGUUCCCAUCGAGUCAUGUGAGCAGUACGGGACCUGCGGAGAGUGUCUGAGCUCUGGGGACCCACACUGCGGCUGGUGUGUCCUGCAUAAUAUCUGCUCCCAGAGGAACCGGUGUGAGCGUGCAGAUGAGCCGUAUCGUUUUGCCGCUACUCUUAACCAGUGUGUGAAGGCCACAGUGUACCCAGACAGCAUUGCAGUGUCAGAACCCAGCGUACCUCUGCUGGUGAAGGUGAGCGACGUUCCGGACCUUUCUGCAGGCAUCACCUGCUCCUUUGGCAACCUGACAGAGGUGGAGGGGCAGGUCAAUGGCAACCAGAUACUCUGUGUGUCUCCUGCUGCCAAGGACGUCCCCCUCAUCCCCACCGACCAAGAUUGGUCAGGCGUUGAGCUGAGACUCAAUUCUAAGGAGACUGGUCAAAUGCUCAUCAGCACAGAGGUCAAGUUUUACAACUGCAGCGUCCACCAACUGUGCCUGUCAUGUGUGAACAGUGCCUUCCGCUGCCACUGGUGCAAGUACCGCAACUUGUGUACCCAUGACCCCUCCAGCUGUUCCUUCCAGGAGGGACGAGUCAACGCUUCUGAGGACUGUCCCCAGCUAGUGCGCUCUGAGGAGAUUCUGAUCCCGGCGGGGGAGGUGAAGCCUAUCACCCUGAAGGCCAGGAACCUGCCGCAGCCCCAGUCUGGCCAGCGAGGCUACGAGUGUGUCCUCCACAUCCAGGGAGUCAGCCACAGAGUCACUGCCCUCCGCUUCAACAGCUCCAGCGUGCAGUGCCAGAACAGCUCGUAUCUGUACGAGGGAAUGAAAAUCAGCGAGCUGCCGGUGGAUUUCUCAGUGGUGUGGAACGGCAACUUCAUUAUUGAUAACCCGGAGAAUAUCCAAGUGCACCUUUACAAGUGCGCAGCCCAAAGAGACAGCUGCGGCAUGUGUUUGAAGGCAGAGAGGAAGUUCCAGUGUGGCUGGUGCAGCGGAGAGGGAAGGUGUACCCUGCGGCACCACUGCCCGCCCAUCAACCCUUACACCACCCGCUGGCUGAACCUGUCCAGCAAGAAUGUCAAGUGCACCAACCCACGCAUCACUGAGGUGACUCCAGUGGCUGGACCCCCAGAGGGAGGCACACGGGUGACCAUCCAUGGCACGAACCUCGGUCUGGCCUUUUCAGACAUGGUGGGCAAUGUGGAGGUGGCAGGAGUGAGGUGUACCCCUGUAGAGGAUGGCUACAUCAUUGCUGAACAGAUUGUGUGUGAAAUGGAUGCAGCUCCUACAAACAGUAGACCUGGUCCAGUCCAGCUGUGUGUCGGAGAGUGCAGACCAGAACUCAGGGCUCGCUCCGCACAACUCUACUCCUUUGUGACUCCCACAGUCACCGGUCUUUCCCCUAGCAGAGGUCCAGAGUCUGGAGGCACGAAAGUGACCAUAAUGGGAGAGAAUCUCGGCGCCGGCAGCAGUGUCAACGUUCAGUUUGGAAACCAGACAUGCGAGUUCUUUGGACGGACCAUGACGGAGAUAAUAUGCUAUUCUGCCCCUGCUCUGUCUGGUGUGGGCCCAGUGCAGAUCAGCGUGAGCGUGGAUCAUGCCCAAAUCAGGGAGAGCCUCACCUUCGAGUACAUAGAAGAUCCUACUGUCCAGCGUAUUGAACCAGACUGGAGCAUUGCAAGCGGCCACACGCCUCUGAUGGUCACAGGAACCAAUCUGGACGUGGUUCAGGAGCCCCGGAUCCGAGUCAAAUACGCUGGCCGGGAGUCUGUGAAUGUGUGUAAAGUAUUAAACACCACCAGUAUGAGCUGUUUCGCUCCCUCCCUGAUGGCAGAAUACCAUCCAGGUUUGGAGACAGUAAAGCACGCGGACGAGUUUGGGUUCAUCUUCAACAACGUCCAAGCGCUGCUGGUCUACAACAACACCAACCUCCUCUACUACCCAAACCCUUCCUUUGAGCCGCUCAGCACCACUGGUGUCCUGGAGCAAAAACCUGGCUCACCCAUCAUUCUCAAGGGCAAAAACCUGGUUCCCCCAGCAUCAGGAGGGGUGAAGCUCAACUACACGGUACUGAUUGGAGAGACUCCCUGCUCUGUCACUGUGUCUGAGAGCCAGCUGUUGUGUGAACCGCCCAACCUCACCGGACAAUACAAAGUCAUGGUUCAAGUAGGUGGUCUCCACGUUUCUCCUGGCACAGUCCACAUCAUGUCAGACAGCCUGCUGACCCUUCCGGCCAUCGUUAGUAUCGCCGCCGGUGGAGGCCUCCUCCUCAUCAUUGUCAUCCUCGUCCUCAUCGCCUACAAGCGGAAGUCACGGGAAAAUGACCUCACCCUAAAGCGCCUGCAGAUGCAAAUGGACAACCUGGAGUCACGGGUUGCCCUGGAGUGCAAAGAAGCCUUUGCCGAGCUACAGACAGACAUCAAUGAGCUGACCAGUGACCUGGACAGAGCUGGUAUCCCCCAUCUGGACUACAGGACGUAUGCCAUGAGGGUCCUCUUCCCUGGCAUAGAGGAUCAUCCUGUCCUCAGGGAACUGGAGGUGUCAGGUAAUGGCCAGCAGAAUGUGGAGAAGGCCUUGAAGCUGUUUGGCCAGCUCAUCAACAACAAAGUGUUCCUGCUCACCUUCAUCCGAACCCUGGAGAUGCAGCGUUCUUUUUCCAUGAGGGACCGCGGCAACGUGGCCUCACUUAUCAUGACGGCCCUGCAGGGUCGACUGGAGUACGCCACCGACGUCCUUAAGCACCUGCUGUCAGACCUCAUCGACCGCAACCUGGAGAGCAAAAACCACCCCAAACUGCUGCUGCGCAGAACGGAGUCAGUUGCAGAGAAGAUGCUUACAAAUUGGUUUGCCUUCCUCCUUCACAAAUUCCUCAAGGAGUGUGCUGGGGAGCCUCUGUUCAUGCUGUACUGCGCCAUCAAGCAGCAGAUGGAAAAGGGGCCCAUCGACGCCAUCACUGGAGAGGCCCGCUACUCCCUGAGCGAGGACAAGCUCAUCCGCCAGCAGAUUGAGUACAAAACCCUGAUCCUGAACUGCGUGAACCCAGACAAUGAAAACAGUCCAGAGAUUCCAGUAAAGGUGCUGAACUGUGACACCAUCACCCAAGUAAAGGAGAAGAUACUGGAUGCCGUUUACAAGAACAUGCCCUAUUCUCAGCGGCCGCGUGCUGUCGACAUGGACCUCGAGUGGCGCCAGGGACGAAUGGCUCGUGUGGUGUUGCAGGAUGAAGAUAUCACCACCAAGAUAGAAAAUGACUGGAAGAGACUCAACACUCUCAUGCACUACCAGGUGUCAGAUCGCUGCGUUGUGGCUUUGGUGCCGAAACAGACCUCAUCAUACAACAUCCCUUCCUCAGCCAGCAUAUCACGCACCUCCAUCAGCAGAUAUGACUCUUCAUUCCGCUACACGGGCAGUCCCGACAGCCUUCGUUCGCGUGCUCCCAUGAUCACCCCCGAUCUCGAAAGUGGCGUGAAGGUGUGGCACCUUGUGAAGAACCACGAACAUGGAGACCAGAAGGAAGGAGACCGGGGUAGCAAGAUGGUGUCUGAGAUUUAUCUGACCAGGCUACUAGCUACCAAGGGCACUCUGCAAAAAUUUGUCGACGAUCUAUUUGAGACGCUGUUCAGUACGGUCCACAGGGGGAGCACUCUCCCCCUGGCCAUCAAAUACAUGUUUGACUUCCUGGAUGAGCAGGCAGACAAACAUGCCAUUCAUGACACAGACGUACGUCACACAUGGAAAAGCAACUGCCUCCCGUUGCGUUUCUGGGUGAACGUGAUCAAGAACCCUCAGUUUGUGUUUGACAUCCACAAGAGCAGCAUCACGGACGCCUGUCUGUCUGUAGUAGCUCAGACCUUUAUGGAUUCUUGCUCCACUUCAGAGCACCGCCUGGGCAAGGACUCCCCAUCCAAUAAGCUGCUCUACGCUAAAGAUAUCCCCAAUUACAAGAGCUGGGUGGAGAGGUACUACGCUGACAUAAACCGGCUUCCAUCCAUUAGUGACCAGGACAUGAAUGCCUAUUUGGCAGAACAGGCCAGACUCCACUCCACGGAGUUCAACAUGCUCAGUGCUCUCAAUGAGAUCUAUUCGUACGUCAGCAAGUACAGUGAGGAGAUCACAGCUGCUCUGGAGCAGGAUGAACAGGCAAGGAAGCAGAGGCUGGCCUACAAGGUGGAGCAGCUCAUCUCUGCCAUGUCCCUCGAGAGCUGAGAGUGACCCCGCUACUGAAAGAGAGAGACAGAGAGAAAGCGAGAGAGAGAGAGAGAGAGAGAGAGAGAGGACUACAGUCUCUACUGGAUCUCCCAAAAUGGUUACUUACCUCUCAUCAUGGGAGCUACAACCACGAACCAGACCUGGAAUCUCUGUAUCCACAGCCGGACAGACAUACAACUGCAUACAUUUGUAAUACUCCCUCUUUCCUUUCAUGACAGCAGCAGCUAAGGGCCCAAAGACUGAGACAGAGGCCCUGCAGCUGGAGCUGAUCAUGGCAUUAGGAAAGAACAUCAGCGGAGAAGGCAACGAAAUGGCUUGUAUUUAUUUUUUUUGUUUGUUUCUUUUUCUCAAUGGACAUUCUCUCAGUUUGACAGGAAAUUGUAUGUUGUGUGUGUGUGUGUGUGUGUGUGUGUGUGUGUGUGUGGAUGUGCACGGGUGUGUGUUUGUGUCAUUUUAAGGAAGACUCCUGCAAAGACUGUGAGAGCAAAUGGGGAAACAGAUUUAUUCUCUGCUCAGUCAGAAACUCACAUCGGAGUGUGAAAUGCAGACAAAAAAGGCGAGAAGCACAGGAGCAGAUCUCACGCUGGACAGCUGAGUUUGCAUUCAGAUUUCUCAGAAUUUAUUUUUGUACUUGUACACUUGAAAAUUAUCAGUUGCAGUUGAAAUAUCCACCCAGGACACCGGAAGUGUUGUUGUAUAAAGACAUAAAGAGUGCAACGCAACAUCAGGGUGGUGCGGUAAUAAAACGGGCCAUGUUCCAUGUCCUCUCUCACUCCUCGCCUCCUCGGACUCAUGCUUCACAUGACACGGACAAGACGUCUGCUCUUUAUCCAAUCAGAAGUGUACAGGAAACCUGUGCUCAUCACCGAAGAGUCAAUCGAACUCGUGGUGGUCGCAGUUCAGCCAGCAUGCUUGCACCUAAACUGAGGAUGGCAGAGAUGAAGUCUAUAGUGUGUGUUUAGGAGAUUACCUUAAAUCAGCAUCACUCUAGCGUCCAAGGCUUUUUUUUCUCAACAGUUUGGUCAUCUGUGUAUGUACCGGUCAAUACUUGCCAAUCAGUGUAUGUGAAUGUACAAAAUGUUUUUUUGUUUGUUAUUUUGAUUGUAUGUCUAUUUGAGUUUUGUGAACAGAAAGGGGCUCAGUUGAACUGAGCGCCUUAGAUAUUUUCAGCAGCUCGUCAAGUGACCAACUCCAUUUGUCCGUCCGAACCCCAGCCCAUCCAGCCACUUCCCAAACAUUAUUUACCCUGAAUCCCUUUUUUCUGCUGGAGGAGGGUGUGUAUCGCCUGCAUUGUGGCUGUCACAGCUAGCAGUUAGUAGAUACCAGGCAAGGCCAAAAUUGGUGUCUGUAGGCUAAAACUCUCCAUUAUAUAUCCACUGUUUGUAUCUCUUUGGGAAGUUGAUCAACUUUAUGUGUACUUCACAUGCAUGCUAUCACAAUUCAGAUGUUUUUAAGGGUCCAUCUUUGAUUUUUAUCAAGUGCCAAUGAGUCAUGCCAAUUCCAGUUGGCCAGUCGAGCUGUUAGCCGAUGGGAGACCUUACCCGACCACCACCCAUGUCUUCACACAGACAAUAAGAAGCCUAGUUCUGUCGGUCUAGUUUGACCAAGUGCCAAAAGAUCCCGCUGUUUCAGAUUCUUCACUAAUGUGUCAAAAAUCGGUUUUACGCUUUACAGACAGAGCCAAGCUCUCAUAUUGGAGUGUAGAGCUGGUUAAAGUUGAAGCUUGUCUAACUGGAACGGUGCGUUUAAAAAAAAAAAAAAAAAAA